ACAACAUGUGAAUUUGUUGUUGUAAACACAAUUUAAAUUUUGUGAAUCCGAGCCUACCUUUAGGCUUUUGCAAUGAUUUUUAUAAUACUUCGCUUUUUCAUAAGUUUAUGUAUCUUUUUUUAGCUUUUUAUAAUGGAUGAAGUGAAUCAGAACUGUGAUGACGAACUGAUAAUAGUGAAUAGAAGAUGUGAAUAUUGUGUCUCUAAAAAGUUCAUUUGUUCAGUCGUGCCUUAUUUUAAAAAAUUGUUUUCUGGCGAUGAAUUGGAAUCAAAGGAAAACAAAGUGACUUUAGAUUUUGAUGAACAUGUUUUGGAUUCUAUCCUUAGUUGGAUUCACACAGGAUUAUUCAUCAUGCAAAUGGAUUAUGUGAUCCUUUUUUUUGAAGCAGCUGAUUGUCUUGAGAUCGAUGAUCGUCUGUGGGAACCUUGUAUUAAUUAUUUUCAUGACAAUUUCACAAUUGAACAUCUUCCAGUCGUUUUACAUCAAGUUACUCAAGAGUCUUUAUUGAUCGAUUCAGGAGCUAUUAACAGUUUCAUUUGUCGCCAUUUUUUGAAGAUCGCUAAUACUAAUGUUUUCUUGGAUUAUCCAGUUGAAACAGUUGAAUAUAUUCUCAAAUUAGAUUUAAUGGUUUACUCUGAAUAUCAAGUUUUUGAAUCAAUCAUGAAAUGGGUGAAUAAGAAUACAGAUUCAAGAAAAGAAUUUCUUUCAAAGCUUUUGACAUUCGUUCGUUGGUCUUUCAUGGAUUCUGUUGGCUCAUCAAAAAUCAAGGAUAAUGAAUUAAUAAAGACUUUGCAAAAUUUCCAUUCAAUUUUAUCCUCUAAUGGUGGCUGUGGGUUCAAUCGCACUAAGCAAAACGUCUUCGUCUCAUUCCAGAGGCUGCCUAAUGGAAAGUUACGUGUAAAAAUAUUUGAUAAAGAUUUAUUUGCACUACCGAUUGGUGAUUUCACUAAAGAUGAUGCAAUGUCACGCGAAUUCGUUCACGAAGAACACAUUUCAGAUAUUUUAAUUGACACUGGGAGAAGAUGUAUCCGAAUUGACUGGAACAAAAAGACAUUUCGAUGGCUCACCGAAUCCUUCUAUUAUAGAGCUUAUGGAGCUUAUGGAGCUUGUGGAGCUUAUUACACCGAAAUUCAUAAAUUGAUUGUCAAUUUUCAGGAUAAUCGUAGUCAAUAUUCCUGCUAUUUGGAUGCUAAAGCUCCUGCACUUGGUGAUGGAAUCCGCUAUAACUCAUAUUUAUUGCUUGAAUAUAAUGAUGGAUUUGUUUGCAUCGGAGAAACUUUUACAAGGAAAUGUUAUGGUAUUUUCCCAGCGACGGACUCGAGAUGGUUCAAUGGUAUUGCGGUUUGUUUUGAUGAUGAACUCCAUGCAACUAUUUUGGGCAAAGUUGUUUAUAUAUUGACGGCAGAAUUAAAUUUUUUCCAGUUUAAUAUCGAAACCCGUUCAUUCAAAAAGCUCAAACUAUUUGAAGGUGCUGAGGAUCACGAAUAUAAUGAUUUUUUCUUAACUUCUCUUCAUGCAGAAGAUGAUAAAGUGAUACUGGUCAAUAAAUGGACCGGAAAAUUCUAUGUUUACUUCAUUAAACAAAAGAAAUGGUCUGACAAAUAUAAAAUCUUCAAUGUAAACCCCAAUUUCAACGAUUCCGAUAAAGAUGAUUAUGAGUUAACCACCUUCACCUCUACGUUUUUACCGAUGAAAAAUAUAAAACCAUUGUUCAAGCGAGAAUUUUUGUAACACUUAGAAAGCUGGCUUUCUAAUAGCUCAAUAUAUUCAACAGUGAAUUUGAUUUAUCGGAAUUCAACAAUUCUCCGUUUUAUUCAACAUGCAAACUGCAAAGUGUUUUUACAAUUGAAUCCUUCUU